CAGUCAAACUAUACAGACUACAGAGGAUGGAUGACACAGACUCCCUAUUCUACUAUUACCCUCUUCCCAAAAAGAAAACCCACCGUUUCUUCUUCACCUAAUCCAGUGGCAAUCAAAACACAAUCGCCGCCGCCGCCGCCGCCGACACUAUCACCACUGGAAACACCACCAAGAGAAAUCCAAAACCCAUAUACAAAUCAGUUGAACUCGAAGAGGAAGACUUUACCUUCUACUACAACCCUCUUCCCUAACACUAGGCCUCCUCUAUCCCCCCUCUCUCAAUACACCACUCAAGAAUAACAAAACCACCAAGACAAUGGACUCCCACGUGUCACUCGCAUCCUUCACAUGCAGGGACACGCUAGUUAUGAUCUUACGAAAGCUUGGAGCUCGAGACUUGGCACGUGCAAGCUGUGUUUGCAGGCUGUGGAGAGAUAUGGCUUCUGAUGAUGCGAUUGUGAGGCCUGCGUUUAUGGAACCAUGGAAGUUGAAGGAGAUAGUGGGGGAGCCUGUGUCUGGGAGAUUUUGGAGAGAGAAUGGGAUUUGGAAGUUUGCUAUUUCACAUAAGAUUGCUAGAGGAGAUUCUCUCACUAGUCUUGCUAAGAAGUAUUCUGUUCAGCAAGUCUGCCUCAGCUGAACAAUCAUAAGGCACCUCCACGACACUGCAGAAUCAAUGCAAGAACAAGUUAAUGGUAAGACAUAAGAAGUAAACCACAACUGUGGUCCUUGGAUUGUUUUCUUUUUCAUGCAUUGAAGAUAAAACAGAACCAGUUUUCUGUUUUUGUAGAGGAGAUGGUGGAGGCAUGAAAUUGGUGAUUUUUCUCAAAAGCAUCCUCAACUUUGAAGGACACAGAGGUGGCUUCUUAUCUACUUUUCUCUUCUCUUCUCUUCUACUUGUUUCGUAGACUGAGAAGCAGCAGCGGCAAAGGCUCUUGAUUCCUACUUUAGUCUAGUUUUUCUUUCCUCACCUAACUGAUUCUCAAGCUCUCGAACCUAUUGUAAGAAAAGUUAUUUGUUAGUCUACAAAAUGACUUAAAAAUGCCAUUUAAGGGACAAUAAACGCAAAAGAAAAACGAAAAAACAGCUCCAAUAAAUUUUCCACA